AUGGCGCAGCGAAAAGAAACGCCAAAGAAGGUAUACGCCAAAUCGAACUUAGAUUCAAAGUCUAUGUGUCGACUUUGUUGCAGCAUAAUCGAUCCAAAACACUGCAAAAACCUGUACAAUAAGGCCAGUGUAAACGUGCUUGCUUCUGCCGAAUUAUUAUACGGUGGAAAACUACUGCGUGGCGAUUCACUUCCUCAUCUCGUAUGCCGACCUUGUGAAAGACGACUGGAUAACUUCAUGAAGUUUAAAAACAUGAUAUGUGAUAACCAAGACUCCAUGAUGCGCCAAAAGAGAUGCGUUGAGCUUUCGCCUUCUGCACCUACCGCUGAUGAAAAGAGUGCAAAAACAGACACACUAAUUCGUGGUAAAUCCUCUCAAGGACAAAGUCGUCGAAGCCUUUCCUCAUCAUUUGAAACAUACGAUCUCCCCUUGGAACCUACAUUGCCCAAGGUAUAUGCUAUAUUUACUGUAAAUAAUCAUUCUAUAUGCUUCAUCUAGGGAACUUUCAUUUUAUAAUAUUUUAAAAUUAAAACUUUAUAUAAUUUUUGGUUUAUCAUAAAUAUAGAUUAAUGUUGAAACUCAGACCGUCGAAGACACCGUUUCCAAACCGGCCCUGAAUGGAUUGCCGUUCGGUGAAAUACUCAAGAAAAUAGAUGAAGAACUACGAAAGAUCGCGCGAAGAGACAUGAAUUCUGUUCUUCGCAGAAAGGAUUUUGACGCUAUGAGUAGUUUUUCGUUGGAGAACAUUCUCAAAGAGCUACGAACUGUGUGCCCAGUAACAUUCACAAGUUUAUCCCAGAUGCUAGAUUUGGACUGUGGCAACGAGAAAAAAAGUUGCUCCUCUGUGCCUUAUUUACGGCGUGUUGAUGUUUAG